CUUCCAAUCUGUAAUAUUAAGAACUUUAGAUAUUUCUUGAGGUUUAUAACAUCUUUGCUUUGAAGACAGAAGUUCCUACAUACUAUACAAGAAAGUGUCAAAAACUUACCAAAAUGAAGUACAUCUGUUUAAUUGUAUUGGCUGCUCUGCUAAAGCAUGCAGGGGCAGUUUGUUACAGUGGAACAGAUCCUGUUAUGUGUACGGAUACAGAAUGCAAUGGUUUCUGUUCUGAGGACAAUGGAUGUUCAUGUGGUUCGGAUGAGACAAGAACCUGUGUGCCCACCACUUGUGAUAUAACAGAUAUCUCUCGUUGCUGCCCUUCUGGUUAUUUUUGGAAUUCCAAUAUACCGUGCUGCAGUGAUGAAGUAACUUGUGACCCACCAUGUCUCAGUGUUGAAAAAUGUGCCAGUGUUAAUGAUGUAGCAACUUGUGUCUGUAAUGUUUCAACUUAUGCUGGCAAGACAAUUGCAGACUUCCGCCCGUCACUGUCAUGUCAAACCAAUGUAAUGGUCAUCUCUGUUAGUCAGUGUUUGCUGACCCACCUGGGCUAUGAUUACACCAACAUGCACCUACUCAAUAAUGACUCUGACAUCUGCAAUAUUCAUUACCCGGAAAUCGUCAACAACAAUCGUGUGGAGAGCAUGCAGCUCAAAGUGGACUCAGGAUGGUGCGGAAACAAAAUGACGGUUGACUCCUCUAAAGUGUACUAUAAAAACAGUCUUUAUAUUGGAAUUCAGAAUAAAAGUGUUAUUACAGUGAACCCCAUACUCUUUAAUUUUACCUGUAGUUACAACCUGACAAUGCAGACAAGCCUUAAUUUUGCCCUCAAACCAGUACAAAGUCUUGCAGAGUUCAAUGGAACUUUGUCUGCAUAUAAAAAUCCUGAUUAUACUUCACCAAUCCAAGCAAAUGAUACAGUGGAGGUGGGGACAUAUAUCUACCUGGGACUGUUUGUUAAAGAUGCUGAUGGAGCUGCAUUUACUCUAAGGGUGGAAGAGUGUUAUGCCACCCCAACCAGUGACCCAUUAGAUGUCAACCAAGUGUAUUUUGUGCGCGGUGGCUGUGCAUAUACUAACGAUGUAGUGGUAGAAGAGAAUGGAAAAGCUCUUGAGGCCAGAAUCAAAGUGAGCAUGUUCAAAAUCCAGGGCCAAACUAAUGUCUACAUCUUCUGCAAUGCAACACUGUGCCCAAACACUUUGGGUGAUCAGUGCAAUAAGUGUAAUAAUAAUGUAAGCCUUGCAAAGGGCUCUUCCUAUGUACAAGCAAUGAUAAAAAUUCAACUCUCUGGUAAGUGCAACCCCCAUACAGCUUAUCACACUGAAUUAUAUUCAUAUUCCCAUCUUACUGUAUAUACUGUACUUUUAUUUCAUAUAAAUAAACUUACAUCCAUCCAACAUACAUCAGUGUUACACCCUGCUAAUUAAGACUUUCUUUUAUUUUUCUAAAUAAUUCUCGCACUGCCAUAACAAUUUACAAUGAUAUCGAAUACAAUAAAUGAAUGCAAAUGAUAUAAUGGAUACAAGAAGUUAAAUAUGUCUGUAAGAAUAAAAAAUAUAAAAUGAAGCACAUCCCCCAGCAAGUCAAUUUUACAGGGUCAAUUUGCCUUCACAAAACGCAUUGUUUCUAAAUAGUACACAACAAAUAAUGACUUAUUUCAAUAAUUACGGUUCAAUGAAUUGAUUUUAACAGUUUAGAAAGUCAAGAGACCUGAUCUAAUUUGAGAGACAAGAUAUGAAUCAUUCUAAGGAGUCACUAUAUGAAUAGUUAAGGUUGGGAUUCAUUAUAAGCGCCGCAAAAAAGGGUUACUGAGAUUUUCAAGUGAUUUGCCAAUCGAUGUUUUGCGAUUUUGAUUUUUUACGCCCCGAUCACGGAAAUUUUAAGAUUUGGAUAAUCAAGUUUUUUAUCCGAAUUUUCCAAAAAACUUUUUUGAUUCCAACAUUUGCUUCCUGACUCCUCAAAUGCUUGGGAAAUAUAACUUCAUCAAACAGAAAACCGCCACUUGUAUCUGUACCAGUAUGGAGCAUAUUUUUGGCUAUUCGGCUCCAGUGGGUUUACCCAGUGACUGCAGGAGAGACGGCAUUGCACAAAGGAAGACAAGCAAUGAUUUGCCACUUGCUUGAUGUGAAAGUUUCCAGCUCCAAUCUGGUGAGUACCUUUAUUACUAUUUGGGUCUAGUAUUUGGCAGGACAGUGGUGGAUUACUCAAAAUGUAUAGGGAUCUUUUUAAAUACUAUAUGUGAAUUAUACAGUGGGUAAUAAAUCUCUCACUGUAAUGUAGGGUGGUGGUUGGGGGUCUGGUAUCCAUAGUUAGAUUUCCUACUACCAUUCAUUUUUUUUUUUUUUGCCCUCCUCUCUGUUAACCUCCUCUGUUUCUGUUCCUCUCUCUUGUGGAGAGAUAGUAAGGGUGGGGGAGCAGCUGGCAGGGCACAGUGGCAGUUUGUCAGCAAGAGAAACCGUGGGGUGGAAAGACAAAAUAAUGUGUGUGUGUGUAAAUUAUUAGGUGUUUGCUGGGACAAUAUGUCUGUUUUUUUUUUUCUCUUUCAGAUAAAUUAACAUUGAAGCUUUGUCUAAGAAAAUCAGUUUAGUAAGACACACCCCCAAUGGAUUCCUGAAAACUGCAAUUUGAAGUUGUCAGAUUGUUGCUGUGAUUUGUAUUUUCUUGCACUGCACUUUGGACUGCUGUCUCAUAGACUGUAGUGUUUGGCUGUUUCCGUAUCUAUCCUAAAAUGUAUAACUGAUGGCAAACUUUGCAUCCAUUCUUCAGUCAUAAAAAAUAUCACCAUGUUGUGGACAGUGUCAAGACAUAUCUUCAUCUGGAACCCUCAACUCUUUCACACGGGAUGCCAUGUACACAUGUCCGUUAGGAGGCUGGAAACAGGGAUUCAAAUUGCACUAUACACCCUUCUCCCUGUGCCCACUGCUGUAUGAUGGUUACCACCACUGGUUAUGGACUUAAUUUAAUGCCAGACUGAAACAAAUGGAAGUAAAUUAUUGUUGAUGGAAUUUUGAGACUAUCAUAAUCAGAUAUCGUCACGUAUAUUAUAAAUAUGCAUUUAAAAAAUCCUUGCUUUCUUUAAAAAAAUCUGUACAAAAAAUAUAUACUGUGUGUAAACAUACUCUUGCCUGAGACCUAUAUGAUUGAGCCUAUUUAACCUCCUUUACUGAGAAC